GCGGCCAUCUGUUUUCUAUCAUACGAUUGGGAAAGGCAAGUAAAAUCAAGGAGAAACACCGCUUAAAUUCAUGGAGAAAUACUUGGUUCCUGUUAAUCCUACGGCAGACAAACCCAAAUCGGUGAGGAGCCGUCCAUGGAAGAGGAGUCUCAUCGAAUUAAAUGGGAAGUUUGAGCCAAGUUAUCGUCACAAUCUUUCUAGUCUCAUAAUCCAAUCUUACUCCGAGGUUGGAGCAUUUCCUCAUAAAUAUCAUGUCAAUGGAGAACCAUGCCAGACCCAUGGUGUAUACUUGGCAUCCGUAACAAAAUCAGGCUGCUUGACCGUGCAUGACUUUGAUGCUAUUCAAAACCCAGGAGAAGAUGAAACAAAGCAAUUGCUGCACAUAUCCACUUGGCAACAGCUUGAUGUUGUUCGGUGGAACCUUGCAAACCAGGAUGAGGUUGCCUGCACAUCAACAAAAAGCAGUGAGGUUCAUAUUUAUGACAUUGGUUAUAUCUCAUCUGAACCAGUUGAGAGGAUUGGAACCUGGAAUUUAAAUAAUCAAAAACUCAAGAAGGCGUUUGGGGUCCUCAGAAAGAGACCAAACAUCAGUGUCCAUGGAUUUAAUGUUCACAAAGGCUUUUCUGACAUUGCAUUUUCUUCUGAUGACAAUUCAAGGUUGCUUGCCUCUGACACUAAUGGUGUGAUUAACGUAUGGGAUAGAAGAGUUAGUGAUCUUCCAUGUUUGGAACUCAGAUCUAGUUCAAUCGGCUCUCUCAAUAGCAUCAAAUUAAGUGGUGAUAAUGAGGAAGAGCACAUAAUGCUUUUGGGAACCAUAAAGAGGUAUUGGCUCUUGGUGAAAGCCAAGGAUUAUUGUUUUCCCUUGGCAGCAGUGAAGUUGUCGCAAGAGCUGGAAAAAAUAUCAUCUUUAAAGGCUCAAUCAAACAUCAUCUCAAAGGAAAUACACUCGAUUGAUAUUGAUCCAUCUUGCCCCUACCAAUUGGCAUUUCAUCUUGACGAUGGAUGGUCAGGUGUCCUCGACACAAACAAGUUUCAACUUACCCACAUUCAUUGCCCCCCGCCUUCAUGGCUGGAUGAGCCCAAUGAUUUGGCGAAUCUCUCGAGCUUGAGAAAACCAUGUUGGCUUCCAAUGAACUCCAUUUAUAUUGUCGGGUCAUCAUCGAGUAAUGGGAUCUAUCUUUUGGAUUUCUAUCCAGACAGUACCUCUCCCUGUCACGUUAAAUACAACGAGGAUAUUAAAAACAUGGAGGAAUCUGACUGCCAGCAAGAGAAAAACAGAUUUUUACCGUUGUCUGAAAGUGUAACUGCUUGUGUUGCGCAUCCCCUAAAUGGCACCAUUGUGGCUGGAACCAAGCUGUCGUCGUUGCUCGUGAUUUCACAAUAGAAAAUGCACCGCCUGAGAUGCAAAAUGUCAACCAUUGUUUCCACUCAUUGGCGGAGGUUUGUCUAAUUCAACUCUAUAUUUAUUAACACGUGACAAGACCAUUGUUAUGUACUUGGAUAAAUCCAGCUAACUAGAGAAAAAUUUGGUCUUGACGUGAUUCAUGAAAACAUUAUUUCUUGUCUCUAUUAGAUGUAACUAGAAACUAUUUCUGGUCAAUUUAGGAAAAUAAGAUUUCACUCGCUAUAUGACAUUGGAGUUCUCAUUACUGGUAUUACUGGUUUUAUGAGUCAUGCGUUCCUACCAAUUGGAUAUGGUAAUGUAUAGAAUUUUCUGAUGAAUUAUUAUCAACGCACUCGCGGUUAAAUUAUAAGGCUUCCCUUUAAAACUUUAUCUUUAUAUGACAAAUAUAAGUUACUUCUCAAAAU